AUGUGUUCGAAAAAGAACAGGAAGUUUCAGACUAAACCGACAGAUAAACAAGACCCGAUAUCAGUGCAAACUAACUCUUCUACAACUACAUCUGAAACUGUUGAAGCUUCCAGUGACGCGAUGAAUAAGCUGAAGAAGUUUUUACAAGAAAAGAAGCUUGACAAGAAGUUCAAGUCUGCCGGAAAAGGACAAACAUUGGCUGGAUCUGGAAGUCCAGCGCGAUCACCUCAAGCUUCGUCAGCUGUUCCUUCAUAUCAACCACCAAGCGUAAGUUAUAGUAUUAUUUGUUGAUGUUUAGGAUGCUUUCAUUUCAACGUUAAGCGAUGAUAAAAUCGUAUCAUGACCUACAUUUUUCUAGUUCUUUUGUACUAUACUUUGUUUAAAAUGUCUAAAUUGUAGGAUAGCGAAACUCGUAGACAAACAGCAAGUCAAUUAGCUGAUGCAGUUGAGAAACGACUUCAAGGGUCGGAGAAGAACCUUACUUAUGCCCAGAAGAAGAUCAGAGAACAAGCACGAAGAGAGUUGGAAGAGGAGGAAAGGAAAAAGAAAUUAGAAUCAGGAGAAGUUGAUGCCAGAAAAGAUGAGAGAGAUGGCGAAAAGUUGUUUGAGCACACUGAACAGAUCUCCUCUGUAUCUUACACUUGCGAAUUGCUGGAUGAUGAUAUUGUCCUGCCUAGGAAAGAAGUUAGUUAUUUUUUAGCAGAUUUUAGAUAUAUUAUGCAAGGGAAAUAGAUUUAUUUUAAAUUCAUAAUGGGUUUAAUGAUAAGAAUAAGUUUUUUAUAGUUUAAUUGAGUUUGAUUGUUAUUUUAUAGAUGAUCGAUGCAGUUGAACAAUUCUUGACUGCCCAUUUAUCUGAAGAGCCAAUUGAAGCCGCUAUUAUCAUGUUUUGGUCAUUGAAUCAAAAAGAAAAGAUCGACAUUGCACUGCCAAUUAUUCACAAAUACAUUAGCAAUAUUCUUCUAAACCCUGACGAGCCAAAGUUCCGUAAGAUCAAAACGACUAACAAAGUGUUCAUAGAGAAGGUGAAGCCGGUGAAAGGAGCCGUUGACUUCUUGAGAGGAGUUGGAUUCAGAGAAGAGCUGAUGGAUGGACCUGAUGGAGCGAAAGAAACGUUUUUGGUAUUUCAAAAUACUGAAUCUGAUGCUUUGGGCGUGCUUGAGGAUUAUAUGGCAGCAUUGCAGUAUGGAGAACCUGUUUCUUUGAAAUUGUACAGAGACCCGAAGGUAAUAACUUGUUUUAUGAAUUUCGUAACUUAGCUUGUACACCUAUUGAUACCUAAAAUUAUGUUUUUCAGGUCUUCCGAGUAGAUUCGUCAAAGCCAAUUCCGAAAGCUGAAGUACCUUCUGAUUUCUUCAUUUUGUCUCCAGAAGAAUUGAAGAGAGAACAAAAACAACGUGAACAAGAAGCCGAACGACUCCAGACGCUGAGAACGUCAAAGAUGAGAGAAGAAGAUGCUCGGCUACGAAAGUAUAAUUACAAAUACACGUUGAUCAGAAUUAGGUUUCCUAAUCAUAUUGUUCUUCAGGUAAGUAGUUUAAUCUUUUACAUUGACUUUAAGGUAUACCUUUAGUCGUUUUUACACGUUUUUCAAAUUAUUGCCAUAGUCUAAAAGAAAGUUUUUAAUAAAAUUUUUAUGUCACAUUGUUUUUGGCAAUGUUUUUCCUAUAAUUUCAACAUUUGUGCCGUUUAAAUUGAUGUUAUUGUUGGUACACGAUAACGUUUUCAUAUUUUUAGGGGGUAUUUGGCGUGCACGAAAAGUUCUCAACUCUUCGAGAGUUCAUCGCUUCUAAACUACAAACGCAAUCUGGCACAUUUGUAUUGACGGAUCCCACCAACGGUGGUCAAACUUUUAGCAACGAUGAAAAGUCUUUUGCUGAUUACGGGUUAAUGCCAGCUGCUGUGGUCUUCUUUGACUGGGAUCAGGAUACUAUGGUAUGUUAUGCUUAAUUUUUUUUUAUUUUUGGAGGGAUGGAUUACUUUUUUAUGAGUUUUUUAAGAUUUUUUUCUUUUUUAGGCCCAAUUUGCCCAACAGAACCUCCAGCCUUCCUUCCUAACGCAAGAACUGAACCAAAAAGCACAAGUGCUGUGA